AUGGAGGAUGUGAUGAGGGAAAAAGAGGGAGGUGAAAAAGAGACUGGGCUUGGGCUUUUCUACAAGAAGGAUGAGAAUUUUGGGGAAUGGUACUCCGAGGUGGUCGUUAGUGGUGAAAUGAUUGAAUAUUAUUAUGAUAUCUCUGGUUGUUAUAUUUUGAGGCCAUGGACAAUGUCAAUAUGGGAAACCAUGCAAGCCUUUUUUGAUGGUGAAAUAAAGAAGAUGAAGAUAAAAAAUUGCUAUUUCCCUCUUUUUGUUUCUCUGGGAGUCUUGCAGCGAGAAAAAGAUCACAUUGAGGGGUUUGCCCCUGAGGUUGCUUGGGUUACAAAAUCUAGAGAAUCUGAGUUAGAAGUGCCCAUUGCUAUUCGUCCUACAAGUGAGACUGUUAUGUAUCCAUAUUACUCGAAAUGGAUAAGAGGGCACCGUGACUUGCCAUUAAAGCUAAACCAAUGGUGUAAUGUUGUUCGAUGGGAGUUCAGUCAUCCUACUCCAUUCAUUAGGUACUCCCUUACAGACCUGUUGGCGUCCAUUUUGCAAUCAGAUUAUUUUAUUGAAAGCGCACACUUGUUAGCCUUUGAUUGA